AUGUCCUCAGUCAAAAAUGACGAGCCGGACGACCCGUCUGUCGUGGUGGACGAGCCGGCGAACCGGCAACAGGGAGAGGCCCGCAAGCAGAAGCGGAAGGCCACGCCGCUGCCCAUGAACCAGCUCAUCCCUAUGACCUUCGUCCUGCUCAACGAGAGCAUGUGCAGCAUGAUGCUUCUGCCGUUUGUGGGGCUGCUCGUCGCCCACCUGAAAGGCGUCUCGGUUGAUGAAGCCGGCUACAAUUCAGGCAUGUUGAUCGGACUCUUUAUGCUCGGCCAAGUCUUGAGCUCGCGGAUGUGGGGCUGGAUAAGCGACAAGUACGGCCGUCGCUUCCCCAUCAUCAGUGGCCUGUUCACAAGCGGGCUCAUGAUGCUGGGCUUUGGUCUCAGCACGACCGUGUGGAUGUGUGCCUUCUUCCGAUUCAUGCACGGCCUCUUCAACGGCAACGUCCUGGUUGCCAAGACGAUGGUGGCGGACAUCACCGAUAAAACAAACGCGGCCAAGGGGUUUGCCUUCCUGAGUUUGUGUUGUGGAAUCGGUGUCUUAAUCGGUCCCACUAUUGGUGGUAUGCUGUACGAUCCAGCCAACUCGUCGGCGCUGCGAUGGGCGCACAUUAGCAAGGACAGCAUUUUCAGCCGAAAGCCAGCGCUUCUUCCGAGUCUGGUCAUUUUCUUCUACACAAACGUUGGCAUGCUGAUCUGCACAUUCUUUGUGAUGGAGUCGAAUCCAAAAGCCCAGCCGCUGCCCAUGUUUGUGCGGUACAUCUAUCCCUGCUUCUUGCGUGAGCCACGAAUGUUUGUUCAUCCGAGUCUGCGUCCCACGGAGCAGCUAGGGACAACCACCGCAUCCACCAAGGGCCAGAACACCAAUGGUUCCCGCAGCGAGGACGAGGAUGGCGACGGCGUUACUAUAAAGUGUGGCAGGCCGCAGGUCGGCAGCGGUGCGAUAACGCAGACGGAGGCUUCCCUGACAGUUAAGUCACCGCUGCUGAGCGAGGAUCCUCGGUUUGAUCGGCUUGUCCUCUCUGAAACACUCUCGAACGCGUCAGAACUGGAUGAGGCGGUGGUGCCGCACCGCCGACAGAGUUCCAGGUUUAUCACCCGCGCCGAUAGUGUAUGCGAGGUCGCCUCUGAACUGUGCGAUCAAGCACCGUUCUCGUCACCGCUUUUGGACAUACUCGUCAUUGGUGACGAAACGAAUAACCCACUGAGGACCUCGAGCAAGUUUGCGGCUGCCGACGGUGCAUCCGACGAAUAUGACGGCACCAUCUUCGUGGAGGCUGAGCGAGGGGGCAGAGGUGCCGCAGCAAUCAACAGGGACGCCGACACCCCUAACGGCAAGGUCGAGAAACAGCAGCAGCACGGGGACGGCAUCGAGCUCAAACGAUUUGGAUACAGACAAGCGUUUGAGCGUCCUAUAACCCGCACCAUGCUGGUUCUCUACGUCCUCCUGUGCGCGGCAGACAUGACGAUGCAGGAGAUUCUGCCUCUGUGGGCCAUCGCCCAUGUCGACAAGGGUGGUCUUGGCUUCAAGGCGGACAAGGUUGGCUACAUCGUCUUCGCCAACAGCCUGCCCUGCCUUGCGUCAAAUCUUCUCUUCUACAAAGCGUGCUGCCGGUACGUGAACAAGCUGUCACUGUUUCGAAUCGCCUCUAUCUGGUCCAUUGUAGGCAUUAUGAUGUUGCCGUUCACGUCUUACGUCAAGUCCAAUUACUUUCUUUUUCCGGCGGUGCUGCUUUGCACUAGCGUCUUCCUUUUCUUCUCCUCUUGGUGCUACGGACUUGUGACCAUGUUGACCGCCCACUCGGCACCACCAACGCACGUCGGGUCCGUCAUGGGCAUCAGCCAGUCCUGUGGCGCCCUUGUGCGAGCAGUCGUUCCCUUCUUCGUAACGCCGAUUUUUGCUUGGUCCGUCAUGAACGGCUACCCUUUUCCGCUAAAUCACGCGCUCUUGUUUCUUCUUUCGGCCCUGGUGUUUGCCUCCGCGUACGUGUACUCCAAGUGCUUGCGAACAAACGAGGAGGACGUGCUGGAGAUGGUAGAGCGCAGCUGGAAAUGGGCGGUGGAUAUGAAAGAGAGCGUGCGGAAUGCCUACCAAAGGCUUUGCGGCGCUUCUUGA